GCAGCUCAGAUCCCACGUUGCUGUGGCUGCGGCGUGGGCCAGCAUCUUCAGCUUGGAUUCAACCCCCAGUCUGGGAACCUCCAUGUGCCACGGAUGCGGCCCUAAAAGACUAAAAAGGGGCUGCGGGCGGAGGGGGUGUGGGGACAGCAGUGCAGCACAACCUGACAAUGACUAACGCUUCGCUGUGUGCCCCGCAGACUGCUCUGUGUGAGUUAGAAUUAUCUCGUUUCAUCUUCACGACAGACCCGUUUUACAGAUGAGGAAACCGAUCCUAGAGCCAGGAAGUCCCGAAAUAGGUGUUUGAAGCCAAGUGCUCCUGACUCCAAGGCAAGGCCGAGGGUCCAGCUAGGACAGCUGUUCUGGGGGAUGGUUCGGGUGGGUCGUUUCCCUCCUUUGGGCCUGGCUGCCACGAGGGGUUUCGAUGAGACUUCUGCGGGUCUGACCAGUUCUAACAUGGCGUCCACUGGGCCGUGGUGAGAGUCCGACCAGGGGCUCGCUGAAGGGUCAGGGCCCGGGCUGCAGAAGCAGAAUCAGCCCAUUUUCCACAGACUUGGUAGGCUGUGCUGUUCACUCAGGAUACUCCCAAGGGGAGCCUGACUGGACCCUAGUAAGGAGCUGAGGUGACCCCGGCGCAGGCAGGCAGGCCAGACGGGCAGGCUGCACGGCCGGGCCUUGGGGAGCAAGUGGCUCCCACCCAGCCUGCCUGUUGCCAGCAGGUGCGCACAGGUCACAGGGACGCUGGUGCAGGGCUCUUUGCGCUCUGUACAUGAACGUUAGCUCACGUCAGCCUCGCGCAGCUCUCGGCAGGAACUCAUGCUCCCCCCAUUUUGAAGAUGAGAAAACUAAAGCCUCGCGGCUUAAGUCAGCAGCCCCAAGCUCCAUGGCUAAGAAGGGGUGUGAGGCGUCAUACUGCCUGCAGCACCCACCAGGUGGCUGUUGUCGUGGGACUCGCCCCCCCCCAGGCCGGGCCGGGCGUGGCACUAGCUUGGAGGACUGCCACGGGAGCUGCCUGCCAGCAGGACCACAUGAAGCAGGCCCGUGUUGCCCAGGUGACAGCUCGGGUGUGGGGGGAUAAGAUGUACCAGGGAGAAGUGGGGGUCCCCUUGGCUUCGAAGCAUUGCGCCCCAAGGCAGCCAGUACCUCCCAGUCCCAUGGGCACAGCUUCUGGGUCCCCGAGGAGUGUGCCCAACUGAGCCGCUGCGCUCAGGAAGCCCUGCCCGAAGAGGUGUUUAUGGUCCGUGCAGAGAACGCCUGGGCCAGGUAACUGGCAGUCAGGGCUCAUCUUUCCCAUGAGCGCUGUCGCCUUGCAACAGCUGACAUUCCAUUUUUAUCUGGUUUCCAAGGGAACAGAACUAGAAAGGUCACCAGAUGUCAGAUUCUGCAGGAGGGGAGAGAGGAGUUGGCAUAUCCUUUCGCUCCGGCCGCCCUCCCUCUGGGGCCGGGAUUCACCGUCAUUUCAGAGAGAGACAAAACCAAAAAAUAACCUCAACCUUCUGACAGUGACCCGGCGUCAUGGAGAGGAGCCAGAGACACGCCAUUGACCCUGACCGUCCAGCGGCACGGGGCGGGCACGUGGGAAAGUGAGGCUGGGGACGGGGGCCUCCUGGCAGCAGCUUCACGUGCCCGCCCUCGUCGCUGUGACAAGGGAGAUGUCGCCGCGGCUGCCGAGGACCCUCAGGAAAGGAGAACCGCAGGCGCUUCGGGAGAGGAGAGCCCAGGCUCUGCUGAGGGCCCAACGCUUUGGGGGCCUCUGCCUCCCGGCCCGGGUCCCCCCUGCCGCGUGCCCGCCGUGUGGCCCGAGUCCCAGAGCUCAGCUCCGUCGCCGCUGUCCGGGCAGACGCGCCCGCGGCCUCCUCUUCGGCCUCUUUGUGGAGCAGCGAGCCCCCUCUGGGCUGCGCCCCCGGUGAGUCACGUUUACGCACCGCUCCUGUCCUUGUGCCCGAUGGUGCGAGCCUCCGCGGGACGCGCUGGAGGUGACUCGCCCUCAGCCUCACAACCGAAGCCCAAAACGCGGAGAACUCCUUGCCUGGGAGGCUCCGCACAUCCCUUCAGCUCUUUGCAGCCUCUUCCCACGACGCCCCCAAGUCGCUGCAUCCCCUCAGGGAGGCUGUGCAGCUGGGAACCUCCGGGCCAAGCCUGGCCUGGGACACCAAAGCCACCGCACAUGCUUCCAGGGCCCCGCAGCCAACAGGCCUCAGGGCACAGACCCUGGGCCCAACACGCCCGUCGGGAGGCUGGGCUGGCCCUGGCGAAGGAUGGCGGCCACGGUGCUCCAGGAGAGGACUCAAGACAGGCCAGGGGCCUGGGGCCUGGACGGCAAAGGCUGCGUCCGCACCUCUCCGCCCUGGAGUUGGCUCUUCUGAUACCCUGCCCUCUCCCACCUCAUCCCCUGGCCCUGGGCCGGGGUCCCUGGGCGGGGGGCGCAAAGCUCCUCGCUCGCUCUGGUGUCAGGACUCGUGGCCACGUGCGCCCCCAGGUGGACACUCCAGAUGAUAAGAGCCUCAUCCAAAGCCUCUCUUGGCCCCUCAUCCUCGGGCCCCCUUUGCUCUCUUACCUUUAAAUUCAAGCGGUAUUUUCCUCCAGUGCCAAGUGGGGGUUGUCACUGAGGUCACAGGCGUCCAGCGGGGGAGCAAGGGGGCUGCUGAUGCCCCCGCACUGAACUUGUGUCCACAACCACCGAGCUGCUGGAAAGCCUGAGACGCUGUGAGUGGCCCAGUGACAUGGCCGUGCGUCUCGGGAUUCAAAAGAGGGUUCUGGAGAUGUAUUCAGUGCUUCGAAUGAAACGAUUCUUAGCCCCUGGAAGUAGGACGGGUGUUCAGUUCACACAAGGUUGUUAAAAGAGCCCAGGAAAUAUGCCAUAUAGUCAUUUAGAGAUUUCCGGAAAGAGUGGGGCAAGUUUUGGCACUCAGAUCAGUUUGGAAAAUUUCAUGCCCAACCGCUGCCUGAUAGCCAGGCCCCGGAGAAGUAUGCUCCAUUCAUGGGUUCAUCUCUCAGGCACCUCACCCGGCCAGCCCCCUGUCCCUGCGUAGCUCACGCCUCAAGCUAACCGUCUAAAACAGCUCCAGGCCGGCUGGUACGGCUGCUGAGAGAGCAGCUUGUGAUGGCAGGGUCUCGAAAGGCCUGGAGAAGAAGAGGCGUGGAGAGCCGAGGGCCGCCCUGCUCUAAGCUUCAGCUGCGGACGUGGAGGCGGGUCAGCCCUGGCCGCUGGGGCCUGUUCCUUCCCCCACGGCACAGCCUCAUGUCUCACAUCUCCCAGCCAAGCUCCGUCCUGCCUCCUUCUUGGGGAAGCAAAAAUUCCUUAGCAUCUUCAGAACGGCUGCUCAGAGAAGGAGGCGGCCGCCUCUGCGCUGCCAAACGGCCUUUCCAGUCUGGAACAGCUGCCUCUGGACACCAGCCUCCUCCCCCACCCCACCAGGACUCCCAGAAGCCGCGUGGGGAAGUGCUGCCUACAUCUACUCGAUGCAAGGCAUUGUCAGAGCCCCACCCAAGACGAGAUUUCUGCAUUGAUAGAGGCCGAGUGUCACCCAAGCCUUGGUCCCUGUCAGACAGUGGGUGACAACCCUGUCCUUCAAAAGAGACGGCAGUGCUUGACCCUGCGCUCAGGACUCUUCUGGACAGCACCCUCCAUCUCUGGCAAAGAGAAGAGCCUGGGGUCGGGAGCCCUGGAACCAGCGGUGGGCAUUCGGAUCCAUCCUGGGGGGAGCCGGGCCCUGUCGGCGCCCAGGGGAGCCUGGGCUUGGCCACUGCAGCAGGAGGUGAGGACCUGUGUGGCGCAGGGGCCUGGAGGGACCCUACAGAGGCAGGAAGUAUGUCUUCGAUCCCUGGAUUCAGGGGGCUGCCCAGAAGGAGCCCCAUACGGCCCCCCAGGCUGCAUGGGAUGUGUCUUUACAGCGGGGUGAGUUUUCCUGAUCCACUUCCCAGACCUGCCUGCCUGCGUGAGGCCCCCCUGAGGCCUUGUUGACUCUCCUGAGGUCACAGAGGUGGCUGUGCAGGCCCCGCCCACCUCCUACGGCCUCGGUUCCCCUCUGUGAGCCAAGGCCCCCAAGAGCUCCCAGGAGCUGCGGGUCAGGGGUCAAGGGUGUGGGAGCUGAGGGCUGGCACCUCCUUCGCUCCCCCAGGAACCAUCAGGGCAUGAGGGUCCUAGGCCUCCCUUUUCCUCCUAUGCCCAGUUGCCCUGAAUGCCUGCACCCCAGCAGUGGUGGCCCCCAGCCCCUGACUGCCUCAGGGAUCCAGCCUGAAAAGAUGCAGGCCUGUGGCACCUGCCACACACACUGGAGGCGGGGUGUGUGGGGGUGAGCGGAGGGGCUGGUGUGAGCACAGCUCAGGACUGCGGCCCCUGGCCUAGUGGGAGGUGGCGAGGGGGGUGGGGGUACACAAGGGCCCCAGCUCUGCCCUGGUUCUGCCCCUCCUCGCCUCUGCUCUCUGACCCUACCUGGAGGGUUCGGUCCAGGCAAGCCUCAAAGCACAUGUGUCUUUGCCAAGGCCACUGUCCCGGGAGGGCCCGUAGCUUUCAUCUGCGCGCCUGACACCUGAGAACCUCGCUCAGAAACCCUCUGUCCCAGCCCCUGCGGACCAGUGAGGGAGGGCAGAGCCGCCGGGGGCACUGAAAGGAUGUGGGAGGCCCUCCGAGACCUGGUUCUGGUCCCCCUGCCCCUCUUCGGGCCUGUCCCCUGUCUUCCCUGCUUGGGAGGGAGCAGCAGGCCCUUGUGCUCGCCUCUCUGGCUCAGCCCUGACGGACGCUCCUUGCUGUCGGAGGCCUCGGGUGGGUGGCAGGCCCCUUCCUGCUGGCCCUCUGCCCACCCUCUCUCUCUGGCCCUCCCCAGCCCCUGCCAAUCUGUGAACCUCCUGGGAGACUCGGCCCCCCAGGUCCCCAGGGUCCUGGGAGGAGCAGCCAGCGGUGAGGAAUCCCAGAAGCCCCUCCGAGGGAGACCCCUCCAGAGACCCCUCGGAAGACAUCACCCUCACCCAGGAGCAGGAGCCCCUCAUGGAGCCCCCAGGCAGGCAGCCCCUGGGGGAGCUCCCCGCAGAGGCCUCCCCGCCUGAGGACGCCGGAGCCGAGGCGGCUCCCAGCAGGCGUCUUCUCUACGUGGGCCACCUGAACCCCCAGCUCCCCGUGCCCGUGCUCGCCUGCCUGCUGCGGGACGCCCUGGAGCGCCUCGAGCUGCCGGUGGCCCGGGAGCACAUCGAGGUGGUGCGGCGGCCACGCGAGGCCUUCGCGCUGGUGCAGGUGGCCACCCACGAGGACACGCUGGCCUCCCUGCCCUGGCGCCUGCUCGCCGCCUCGGGGCGGCACCAGAUCAUCCAGGAGCUGGUGGCCCGCGGGAAGGAGCUGGUCCUGGAGGAGGGCUGGGAGCCCGCGAGCCGCAGAGCGGAGAACGACGGCGGCCCCAGCCCCAGCCCGAGCCCCGGCCCCAGCCCGCGCUCCCGCUUCCCGCCGGCCUGGCCCCCCGGCACCCCUCCUGCCCGGGCCGCGACCCCUGGGCAGCAGAGCCCCCCGGGCUGCCCCAGGGCUGCGUACUCGGACAGCGCCCUCGUGCGCCAGGAGAUCCUGGGCCAGGAGCGCCUCUUCCAGGGCGCCCUCCUGGGCUGCGAGACGCGCAACGUGGAAUUUAAGCGGGGCAGCGGCGGCUACCUGAGCCGGGCCUUCAAGCACCACCUGCGGUGCUACGUGUGCGCCUUCCUCAACGGCGAGGGCGGCAGCCUGCUGGUGGGCGUCGAGGACGGCGGCCGGGUGCAGGGCGUCCGCUGCAGCCCCCGCGACGAGGACCGCGUGCGCCUGCUGGUCGACUCCGUCCUGCAGGGCUUCAAGCCCCAGGUCUUCCCCGACGCCUACAGGCUCGAGUUCAUCCCCGUGGUGGGCGCCUCCGCCACCGGCGCCCCCCUCAAGGUGAUCCGCCUGAGCGUGCAGGCCCCCAAGGCCCAGGCCGAGCCGCUGCUCUACGAGACCGACAAGGGGGAGGUGUUCCUGCGGCGGGACGGGAGCAUCCAGGGCCCGCUGUCCGUCCACGCCAUCCAGGAGUGGUGCAGGCAGAAGUGGACGGCCGAGCUGCGCAAGCUGGAGGAGAGGCUGGAGGUGCUGACGGCCGAGAAGGAGCAGCUCCAGCAGCAGCUGCGGCAGCCCAGGCCCCUGUCCUGCACCUGCUGCGUCCUGUGAGGCCCGCGCUCUACCUGGACAGGCGGGGUUUCCUCUGAGCCCGGGUCCCCCCAGUAAAACCAGUCUGGGCUGCUCAGAGGCAGACGGGAGCACCACCCUUCCAGCUCCCUCCACGACAGUGUGCACGCACGUGGGCUGGGCCCCACGCGGUCAGUCCUGAGCAGACCCCAUCUGUGUGGCUGAGAUCACCCUUCGCUCCGUCCCUGAGGGCCCCUACCUUCAGAAGGGGCUCGUGAGAACCUGGCCAGGGCUAUCCUGGGCGGAGCUGAAAGGGGCUGGCCCUCCCCUUGAAAUGCUUGCUCUGCCCAGGCUGGGGUCUCCGCUCCCGGUGGCUAGGCAGGGCCAGGAAAGGGUUUGUCACCUUGGGAAAGCCCCUGUGCGGAUGGCAAGGCACAGCUGGCAACUGCGGUUACAGGCCGGACAGGCCACCCUGCAGCCCCACCCCUGGCUUGCUGGGAUCUGUGACUGUCGGAGCUCUUAAUAAAUUACAGGCACCCGG